AUGCCGAACUCCAAGAAGAGCAAGAAUGUGGUGGAUGACAAAGGGUUUAAACGUCUUGUCAGUGCAUUGGAUCCACGAUAUGAACUCCCUAGUCGGCGAGAAUUAACAAGAACCCACCUUCCCAACAUUUACGACCAGGAAGUUAAAAGAGUAAAGAAAGAGUUGGAGAAUACAAAUGCUGUCAGUGAGACAGACAUAUGGACGUCUAGAGCUACAAAAGGAUUCAUCACAGUAACAGCUCACUUCAUUUCGCCGACAUGGGAAUUAAAGUCGGUGGUACUCGAGACAAUUAGGAUGCAGGAAGCACGCACUGCAGCUAAUAUUGCUGAGGAAUUAACAACCACUUGUAACAACCGGAACAUUUUGAACAAAGUCUGCUCUGUUGUUACAGACAAUGCAGCCAAUAUAACUUCAGCUGUGAACAACAUCAUGAAGCUACGUCAUCUACCAUGUUUCGCACACACACUGAAUUUGGUUGCAAGAGAUUCUAUUGAAAACACUGAGGAAGUUAAACAUUUGCAAGAGAAAGUCAAACAGAUCGUCACCUACUUUCAUCACAGAGUAAAGGCAUCAGAUAAAUUGAGUAAGCUUCAAGAACAUCAUGGUGUACCUGUCAAGAAACUUAUCCAAGAUGUUGAAACAAGGUGGAAUUCGACCUACUACAUGAUGCAGCGCUUCGUACAAGAAAGCCAGCUAAUUACCACUACUCUCUACUUGACGGGAAGAAAUGACAUGUGUCUGAAUAACGAAGAACUGGAACUGAUAACCAAGACUGUGGCUGUUCUCGAGCCAUUUGAGCAGGCUACAAGAGAGAUGUCAGCAGACAAAUUCACCUCAUUAUCAAAAAUAAUUCCUAUGGUUAAGGGAUUACAAGACCAUAUGCACUCCAGCGAGGACAAGGAAGUUCAUCAGCUGUACAGAACAUUUCCUCUUGGGCCUUAUAUUAAAAUGAGAAGAUAUAUGGAAGAAUCGCCAAUUCCAAGAAAAGAAGAUCCGCUAGAAUGGUGGAAAAAACAUGCCGCACUUUGCUCAAAACUCCAUGAACAAGCAAAAAUGUUCCUCUGCUCCCCAGCAUCAUCAGUGCCCUCAGAAAGGCUUUUUUUCUAA